AUGACUGAUGGAUGGACUGACCAAAAGAGGAGGACUAUCAUAAACUUUUUAGUUAAUAGUCCUAUGGGUACUUUCUUUUUAAAAUCAAUUGAUGCAUCUAGCAUUUCAAAGACAACUGAUAAAGUUUUCAAAAUGAUGGAUGAUAUUGUUGAGGAAGUGGGGGAAGAAAAUGUUGUCCAAAUUGUAACAGACAAUGUUGCAAACUACAAGUUGGCUGACAAAUAUCAUUGCAUUGAUCUAAUAUUAGAGGAUUUUGAGAGCAAGAUACUUAUGCAUAAGGAGAUUAUUGCUUCGGAUAAAAAGAUCACAACUUACAUUUAUGCUAUGACUGGUCUUAUAACUUUGUUGCAUCAUUACACUGAAGGAGUCACAAACAAGGACUUUUGGAAGAAUUUGAGUAUUUGCCUUAAGGGUGCUUUUCCAUUACUUAAAGUCUUGCGUAUGGUGGAUUCUAACGAGAAGGAAGCCAUGAGCUAUAUCUAUGAAGCAAUGGAUCAUGCAAAAGAGGAAAUACAAACUAGCUGCAAUAAUAAGAGAAAAAUCUACCAACCUUUAUGGAAAAUCAUAGAUAGCAGAUGGGACAAACAAUUGCAUAGGCCUUUGCAUGUUGCAGGCUAUUAUCUUAAUACAAUGUUGCAUUACAAACCUAAUUUCAAAGAAGAUAAUGAAGUGAAGCAAGUAAUGCAUGCAUGUUUAGAAAGAAUGACGGGAGGAGACAUGAAUAUGGUGAAUAAAAUUGAUGGUCAACUUGAGGAUUUUAAGAGUAAAAAAGAAUUCUUUGGGAGUGAAAUAGCUCAACGUGGACUAAAAAACAAGACACCAACUCAAUGGUUGAAACCUUAUGGAGAUGCACACCCAGAGUUGCAAAACUUUGCUAUUUGUGUCUUGAGUUUGACACGCAGUUCUUUUGGAUGUGAGAGAAAUUGGAGUGUUCAUACGAAGAAAAGAAAUCGGUUGAAACAAAAUACUAUGAAUGAUCUUGUGUAUGCGAUGUAUAUUGUCGAGGAAGAAAAUGCAAGUGAUAAUCAUGUAAAUGUGGCUGAUUUAGAUGAAGAUUUAAUGCAAAGUACCAGUGCUAAAUCAACUGGACAUGUAGAUGAAUUUGAUGUCCUUAAAACUAUAGAAAGUGAUAAUGAAGAAGGAAAUGUAGAUGAAGGUGAUGAAGGAGAUGAUGAGGGUGAUGAUUAUGGUGGAGGAGAUAACGAGAUUAAUGAAGAUGAAAGAGUUGACAAUAUGGAGGAAAAUCCAAAUUAUCCGCGCCUUUGUGAUUUGUACUACCCUAUAUGA